UAUAGUUUAUAUAUAUUGUUUUUUUAAAAAGUAGUUGUAGUACAGAUUUGGUAAGCGGCGACAUUUUCCGUGCCUGCCCCCUUCCUACUCCAGAGUCCAGCCGCCGGUUCGGCGAACGAGUCCGUUCCUUCCUCAACCAUGGUGGCUCAACGUCUAAGCAGCUCCUCUUCCUCGCGCCCGUCGGUCCUUCCGACGCCGAAUUCUGCCGCUGCUUAUUCGAGUUCCAAUCGGGUGCCCUUCAAUUUCAACUUCCUCCCUCAUCCUAUCCAUCCGAUUCGUCUCUGCAUCGGUUCCACCAACCACCGCCGCCUCUCCGUCAGUCGUCUGACGGCGUCGGCUCUCCCCUCCAUUGAUUCUGAUGACUCUGCCGGUGCUUCGGGGAAGAAGCCGUUGCUGGAAGUCAAAGAUUUGAAGGCCGUGAUUGCCGAGACGGGACAGGAGAUCCUCAAGGGCGUAAACCUAGUGGUGAAUGAGGGGGAGGUCCAUGCUAUAAUGGGCAAAAAUGGUUCUGGGAAAAGCACAUUCUCCAAGGUUCUUGUUGGCCAUCCACACUAUGAAGUUACUGGUGGAAGCGUUAUCUUUAAAGGCGAGAACUUGCUUGACAUGGAACCUGAGGAUAGGUCUCUUGCAGGGCUUUUUAUGAGCUUUCAGUCACCAGUUGAAAUCCCUGGUGUCAGCAAUAGUGACUUCCUAAAUAUGGCUUACAAUGCUCGAAGAAGAAAACUUGGUCUUCCUGAACUUGGACCAAUUGAGUUCUAUGCGUACCUGUUUCCCAAGCUUGAGCUUGUGAACAUGAAGAGUGAUUUUCUUAAUAGAAAUGUUAACGAAGGGUUCAGUGGUGGUGAAAGGAAGCGGAACGAGAUUUUACAGCUUGCGGUUUUGGAAGCAGAUUUAUCUGUCUUAGAUGAGAUUGAUUCUGGUCUGGAUGUUGAUGCUCUCCAAGAUGUCGCAAAAGCAGUAAAUGGACUCUUGACGCCUAAGAAGUCUGUUUUGAUGGUUACACAUUAUCGACGGCUUUUGGAAUUCAUCAAGCCUGCCUUCGUCCAUAUCAUGGAGGAUGGAAGGAUUAUUAAGACUGGGGAUAUUGAGAUAGUAAGUCUUCUUGAGAAGGAAGGUUAUAAAGCAAUGUCUACAUCCUGAACAAUUUGGUGAAGCAUCUAUCAUCCGCUUACAAGACUGGGGAUAUCAAAUUUUGAGUCAAACCCACCCUUUAAGAAAAGGGGGGGACUCAUAUUCUCCAAGAUUGGGUGAAGCACGAAGAAUCCGUCGUCCGGUAUCAUUCCUUUCUGUGUGUGUAUUGAGGUACAGUUCCUUCCAUGUAUAAGUGGCCACCCACUGUAGGCUUGUCGCUCGCUCUGCUCUCUCUUGAACUUCUCUGUUGAGCCAUUGUUUUGUAUAGAACGACAAAGCUUGUACUGUUUGCCCUUCUCACCUUAAAGCCACCCUUUUAUAACUCCUGUGAU